AUGUCUCUUCCCCAAACUUUAUCCCACCUCCUCAUCCACAUCGGCACUUCCUUCGCACACGUCGAAUCCACCCUGCACAUCCCCACAUGUUUGCGCUUCUUCCCGCCAUCCGCCUCGCCCGACGAGUUGUGCACGCUCGCACUGCUGUUUGUGGUUGCGCCACUGCAUGGAUACAUGACGCUCCCGAUGCUUGAUUAUCUGGGACUAGGGGAGAGGGAAGCGGGAUGGAGAUGGGAAUGGAGGAGAAACAUCAACCCUCCCCACCGCCACCACCGUCGAUCCCUCCCCCACCUCAUCAAAUCUCCUUCCACCACCUCUGCAUAA